UAAAAAUGUGAUAUAUUUAAAAAUUUAUUAUUUUUAAUUUUUCGUAUUCAAAAUUUCAAAAUAUUUUCUACAAAAAUGCCUAAAGGGAUAGGGCCUCUUUCGAAGUUGUAUAAUGCCACCAUUAGUGCAAUAGAUAAGAUCGUCCCAAAUGCUAUGCAGCCAAUAUGGCAGUCUCCAGUAGGUCCCCGCACGGUUUUUUUUUGGGCACCGAUGUUUAAAUGGACUCUAGCAGUGGCAGGUCUGAGCGAUACGGUGAAUCGUCCUGCUUCGGCCAUCUCUCUUAACCAGAGCGCCUCCUUGGCAAUUACAUGCUUAAUUUGGACCCGCUACGCAGUGGUUAUAAUACCCAAGAACUACAAUUAUAUGGGCGCCAAUAUAGCCAUCUUCCUAGUCCAAAGUUAUCUAAUUAUCAAGCAUCUGAGGUGGCGCCAAGAGAAUGCCCGGAAUGCGGUGUACAAUCAUACUCACUUUUCGAUCCCAGCGGAGGAUGAUUGAUAGAAAGCGGAGUCCUUUAAUGGAUACUGUAUUCAUGGGUUCACGUAAUCGAAAAGAUUAAUUUUUGUAAGAUUUAACUAACCAGUAUAGGCACUAAGAAAUCUAUUUAAAAUUACAAAUAAUAUUGAAACUAUGAUUUAUCUUA